UUGUUUUCUUGGGUGCGAGCAUGUAUGAUGGCAGCUCGUGGAUAAAUGGACGAGAAUAGCGAGCAGAUUCGGUCUAAAUGUGAUGCUUUGCAGUUGGCGGGCUAUGGUAACAUUCAUGCAUCCCUGAGUCGCAGCUAGCCAGGUUCUCGCUGACACAUUGUACAAACGCUGCAGAGAUGUCUGAUGACGAGAGGGCACCCAUGGAGCUAUCCGACGACGAUGCGCAAGAGGAGGAAAAGACCCCAUUAUUCAAUGCUGGGGAAAUUCUAGAAGGCAAACGAGAAACAAAGAAGGUGGAGAGACUGGUGCAGGCCACGCAGUUUGCGAAACCCAAAGAACGCCUGAAGGUUGAAAUUGGUGGUGGCGACAAGCUUGGUGAAAUUGCACGAAUCAAUCAUAACAUCGGGAAGACUAAAGCCGUACUCCUGAAACCUCUCCAUAAGGUUCUCUUUGAUCGGCCCGGAGCUGCAGCCAAUAUGAAGAAGAAUCUACGAUUGUUCAGCGGAUUUCCUUUUCAGGCGGACAGCGAUCUGUACUCAAGAAAGAUAAAAGUCUUGACAAAGUACCCCAACAGCAUGCUGAAGAGCAUAUGUCAAGUGCUGGACAUUGAGCGGAGUGGCAACCACAUAGUGCUGGUGGAGAGAAUAAUGGGUUUCCUCAUGAGCCCCGUCAACACAGGAAAGCCAGUAGCUGUGAAGAAGAAAAAGAAGAAGAGGAAGAACACGUCGGCGUCGGAUGGCAAGAAGAAGGCCAGCAAGGUGGUCAAGAGUCCAAAGAAGGCGACGGUGGAGGGCAAGUCAAAAGCCAUCGUCACCGACUCCAGCAGUGACGAUGACGACGAGGAUGAUGACAGUGACGAUGAUAAGCCAACAGCUAAAGACACAAAGACGUCGUCGGCCCCAGAGAGUCGAAAGAAGAAGGACUCUGACGACUCUGACUCUGAGGAGGACGAAGAGGAAGUUGAGGAGGAUGAGGAGGAGGAUGAUGACGACUUUGUAGACAAGCCUCCCAAGUCCAAACCCCCACCCAAGAAGAAACCGGCGACUCCGAAGAAAGCGGCUAGCAAGAAGCCUGCCAAGACGACACCGGCGAAGAAGAAACCGGUGUCAAAGAAAGUGGUGAAGGACGAGGAGUCUGGUUCCACUGACAAAUCCGACUCGGACGGAAGCGACAAUGACGACGGCAGUGACUUCGAGAAGCCGAAAAAGAAACCAGCCGCCAAGAAGCAGCAGGCCAAGCCAGCGCCCAAAACCAAGAAGGCGGACAGCAGCAGCAACAAGGCGGCCAAGAAGCGGCAGGUCCUGCAGGUAGACUCGGAUGACAGUUCUGACGACGACACUCCUCUGAUCAAGAUGAUCAAGAAGCCGCCCUCAGAUGAGCAGAUCAAGACCCUGGUGCAGGAGCUGCUGAAGGAUGCCAACCUGGAGGAGGUCACCAUGAAACAACUCUGCCAGAAGGUGUACGAUGCUUAUCCUGAAUUUGACCUGACCAGCAGAAAGGAUUACAUCAAACAGACAGUGAAAAGUCUUAUUUCAUAGGGUGGACGAAGAUGAUGCCUUUCAAAGCCAUUUCUUGAGGAGAGGAGUUCUUUUCUCUUUUAUUUAAAUGCCUACGAAGUCUAACAGAGUGUGUUUUAUAUGUUUUGAAUGUAUGUAGCUACUUUUCCUUUACAGCCCAAAGUGUUUUUGUUUGUAGUGCUUUGUUUUUUGUUUAUUGUUUGUGUUUUUGAUUGGAUUUUUAAAAAAUAACUUUUUAUAAACAGGUUUUGUAUGCUUAUAAUUUCCUCUUAUGGCACAUCUUCUGAAAACAUGCAGGAUGUAUAUAUUAUUCGCUGUCAAUAAAAAUGUUUCUUUUUUAAUUAAUUCAUAUCUUUACAAAGAACGUCGGUGCCCUGUCGAAUAAUACCAGUUGCUGAGUCUGCUUGGGAACAGUUGAUAUAUACACUUUGUAUAUUCUACAUAGGUAUGAGUGAGAGAGUGAAGGAAACGUGAGAGGAACGGAUGUUAAAAUUAUUUUGUUUUACCACAUUAUGUGUUCUCAAAUGCUCGCGACUUACGGAAAAAGAAACUUAUUUGAAAUGAUUUUGUAUUUCUCAAUCCGAUUUUGGUUUUGACUUCAACUUAAUGCACACUGUAUACAAAUCCAUUUAAAUUAAACAUUGCAUUUCUUAUAAAUACA